AUGCGAGUUUUAAGGGCGUUGCUGCCACUCCGCCGCUCUGGCAUCAGGUUUACCGGCCAGUUCCAUGACACCCUAGAUCAGCUAACGGGGAGAGAGAAGAAAGAAAUGCUGGCUGCUCUUGCUGGCGACUGCGAUCCUUUUCGUAUAAUGGCCAUUAGAAAAGGUCCCGGAACCUGGGAGUGUCCAAACUUAAUUCCGAGUUGCCAACCGAUGAGACUACUAGCGUGUCUAUGCCACAAAGACGACAUGCACCUCGAGUUCAUGUGGCUCCACCAGGGAUGUCCAAAAAGAUGUGGCUUGAAAAGUGAAUCAUCAAUUGCUAUCAAAACAAAUAAAUCGAUAACUAAAAUGUCUGAACGUGAACCUAUGAGUCAAGGCAGCUCUAGUCGUGACUAUGGAUCUACAGCUGCUCCACCGGCAGUGGGCUUUGCAGACUUCAGCCCAACCGAACUGUACAAUUUAAGUGAGGGGAUUGCAGAUAAUGUGAACACUAUUAACAGUGGUCUCCGAACUUUGGAGAAAAUGAUGAAGCAGAUUGGAGGGCCUAGCGAUAGUGUACAGUUGAGGGACAAAAUCCAUGAUACCCAGCAGAAAGUAAAUGGUUCAGUAUCUGCCACCGCGCGGGAUAUACAACGGCUCGGUGUGAUAGUGCGUCGGGGGGACAAACCGCAGAAGUUGCAAGUUGAAAGGCUCACGCAAGCCUUUCGAGAUGCUCUUUCCAAUUAUUCUUCUGUACAAAAGAAAGUGUCAGAAAAGAUGGCAGCCCAUAUGCCAACGCAGCCUCGCAAUAGAAAUGAUCCUGAGGCUCUAGAGAGACAAGCGAUAGCUGAUGAUGAGGAGGCUAGCUUACUAGCUAACCAACAGGCACAGGCGCGUCUAGUCCAAUUCGAGACGAGCAUGUUGCUAGAGAAGGAAGCAUACAUGAACAAAAUCGAGGCCGAUGUGCUAGACGUCAACCAGAUCAUGCAGGACCUCGCGGAAAUGGUCAAUGCGCAGGCGCAAACUGUGGAUACUGUCGAAAGCCACAUAGAAGCGGCAAGCGCAACAGUAGAAGCUGGUGUUGACGAGUUGGCCAAGGCAGCCGAAUACCAACGCCGAUAUCGGAAGAGGAUGUUCUUCUUUAUAUCAAUCGGGAUAAUUCUCGCCAUCAUACUCAUCGUAUGGGUAGUCAAGGCGUUCAGAUAA